AUGUGGAAGCAAAUUUGGAGUGCACCUAUUCACACCAGAGUCCGGAAUUUCCUUUGGCGUCUUGCUAAGAAUAUUCUUCCUACUCGUGGCAACCUUGUUAAGAAAGGCGUCAAAACCACCACGGAAUGCCCUCUCUGUCACGAAAGCGAAGAAAAUAUGGACCACCUCUUUUUCCAGUGCCAUUUCAGUAGGCAGGUCUGGUUUGUGUCCCCUUUGGGUCUAAGGAUUGACGUUAAUUCUUGUGUUGAUUACUGGAUGGAGAAAGUCCUGUGUGAUGGGGAUGUCCUUGGCUCCCAAUUUUUCUGUGUUAUUCUCUGGAAAAUCUGGCAUCAUAGAAAUUUGGUUGUUUUUAAUAAUAGCAGGUUCUCUCCGCAAUUAGUGGCAGAAGAAGCGAAAGAUUGGGUUCUAGAUUUCAACAAAUCUGCUCCGAUCAAAAAGUCCAACAGAAGACAACAUGCUUGGGCCGAGGAGGAUGGUGCUGGCAAUGAGAUGGUUCGGAUUUUCGUUGAUGCAGGUGUUUUUCGUGACGGUUCUAUUGCUAUGGGUUGUGUCAUGAAAGGCAAUGCGGGUGAUAUUUUCUAUUCUGCAACUAACAGAAUUCUCAUGGAAGCUGACCCGACGGUUGCUGAAGCUUUCGCCAUAGAUGGGCGCUAA